GCAUCACUCUCUCCGGACCGCGAAGAAGAUCCCCUCUCGCCCCGAUCUGCUUUUGGUACCGGUACCAUGGCCAGUACCAAUAGCAGGACGGAUAAACUAAGCGAGUUGUACCUCAGUGAACCGGCGAGCGCUGCCGAGCAAACUCGUUGUGACGCGUUUUUUACUCAAGUUAAGCCGCGCUUUUGUUAUCCAUCCUCGGUUUAGUGUUUUUUCCCUCAAUCGACACGUUCAUCCAUUGCUGAAGUGCAAUAAAGUGCCCUGGAUAUGCGUUUAUCAGUGAAUUUGGUUCAGCCGAGCGGGUUCUUUGCUGGUUGUUAUCACUAGUGGUUUUAUAGUUUCCAGGAGGAUUUAACGCAAGAGAAACUUACAGGGUUGUUGGAACGUGCACCAUAUAAGUACUAAAGUUUAGUGCUUCUCAAAUAUGAUUGUUUGUGUGUAGUUGGGGCUGCACCACAAUUGUCUGCAGGAGUUCUGUAGCAGAUUGUUCGGUGUAGUAAAGCCAAAGUUUUUCAAGACUUUGUUGGUUUACCAUGCUGUAAAUGACUGGAAGUGUGUCUAAAACGAACAGUUUGAAAAGUGUGAAGUGGCUCAGCAGCAUGCGCGCUUCUUCAGUCCACUACGCCGGCACGCGCCAAAGAAUUUGUUGAUUUGGCUGAUUUGAACAGUCAAUUCGUGCAAAUCGCCAGUCAAAAUGAAGACUUUAAUCGAAGUCAAUAACACACCACCAUCGCAUUUAAACAGGUGAAUUUGCAUCCGAUUAGUCGGCCCGAUAUGAAGCCAAUCACUUUCGAAAACCUGCGCCGUUUGAUGGGCGGCGGCCGAAAGAAGAAGGACAAUGAUGGAUCUUCGUUUAAGCGCAGCGACUCGUUCAAGAGGAUCUCGAUCAGGAAGAGCUACUUGGAUCGGGGGAAGCGGAAGGUGGUUCCCAAGCUGGAGGUGGCCACGCAGACGGUGUCUGAGGAGGAGCUGCUGGCUCAGAUACCGGAGGAGACUGUGAAGAAGGUGGACACGUCGGUGCAGGUGAACAAAGGGGAUCUAACGGCCACCAUCAAGUCGGGCAAGGAAAUUGUGUGCAACAACUACAAAAAACCGCAGCCGGCAGACACGAAAAGUGUCUCAUCGGGCAACAGUGUGGUGGUCUACAGCCAGUGGCUGCAGGAGAUCAAACGGGAAGAAGCCCCAGCCAGUCGGCCCAUCAAGGGCUCGGAGCGCACCAUCAUCUAUGUGCCAGCUUCCGAUGAAAAACCCCAAACGCCAGUCAUCCGCCAGCUGUCCUCUUCGCCAGUCUUCAGGAAGAACAACACAUCGUCCACCCACAUUUGCCACAGUCCCACCACCAACCUGCAAAGAGCCGAGAGCAACGACUCGGCAGUGGAAAUGUUCCCUUGGGGCGAUUCUACCGAGGUGAAGAAGAGCCCGUUGAUCCGAAGACGGUCCAGGCAUAGUCCCGCGCCGCUGCUUCCCUGCGACUCCGGCACCGAAGAAAUGUGCUCACUCUCCAUCAGUCUGGGCCGCAUCUGGAUGGACGCGCCGCAAGCGAUGACGCCCAGAAGCCUGGAGAUGCCCAAGUCCUCCUCCUCAAACCCGCCUCCGGCCCACCACUCUUUGGACAGCGCCCUCAAGGAUCUGCGCGAUGAUCCGAUGGUGUCCAAUCGGCUGCAGAAACGGUCCACCCCGCCGGUCACCAGGACGUUGAGUUCGACCAGCAACAACACAGCUUCAACCGGGCUGUUCUCCAGCAAAGACUCGGGGUUCAGUUUCUCGAUCAGCGCCCCGAAGCUGAGCGAUUUCCAUGCGAACUUCUCGCCCAACGGCUCGAAGGGGGGCUUCUUCAGGAAGAAAUCCCGGCCGAAGCCCAAGCCGAGUGUCAGUCGCGAUGGGUACUUUAAGAGGACUAGUAGUGCGAUGUUUAUAGAGACGCGCCGCAGUUCGGUGCGGCGCAGCAGCAAGAAGAAGAAGGGCAAAGCAAAGAAGAGCAAGAAGAAGGACAAGGACAGUGGUACGAUCAGAAGCGACAUCUACCAGGUGAUCUGUUCCAGGCCCCAAAGGGCGAUCAGCGCCCUCAAGCUGGACCCGAUGAUUUUCGUGCCGCCAGAGAAGCGGAAAGGGGGCUCCCAGAAGCCCUCCUUCCGCAGCAAGAUGCAGGAGAUUCGCAGCUUCAAUCCUCUGGACUCCAGCAUGUACUCCACCACCCGGAGCUUGGAAAGCACCGAUGAGGGACUCUACGAAAGCCUGCCUGGCGACUACGAAUACUUGAGCGAUGAGGAGGAGAUCAACCUGGAGAGCUUCUCCAUGGAGAAAAAGGAGGUGCAACCCACUGCCGGCAGCAGGAAACGUCUGGAGAUCUACGAUAACAGGCUGAUUGAGGUGGAGCGCCACGUUUCCAGCGGCUAUGGCAUGGUGAGGAGGCAUCUCAAGGCGGAAACCUCCAUGCAGAGUGGCGAUUAUGCCUUUUACGGGGAGAAAACCUCCUUGAACAGGUCGAUCGGGGACACCCAAGGCGACAUGGACGACACCCGCAGGUACCAAACAAAGAACCAGCUGAUGGAGUAUCGGAAGACCAGCAGCGACUAUCGCGAGUCGACCAACAACUUGGAGGACUUUUCCGAGGAAGAUUCCCUAGUGUCAGCCAUGAGUGAUAGUUCUAGUGAUUCAGAGUCGGACGGCAAGUGUGCGAACGUGUACGUUCCGCCAGGCGUUUCGCCAGUGCCGCGCAGACGGCCGGUGAGGCGGAAAAAAUCCACCGGAUUGAGUCAUAAGAGGAGUAUCACCUAUCUGGUCAAGCCCACCGUCAUCAGAGUACCAUCUACUUUAAGAAGGCCUGCCAAGAAAAUAGGCGAUAUCACCCAAAAAGGUUACGAAAAGAAGAGAACCCGACUGUUGACGCCCUACGUGCCUAAGCAAAAUUCAAAUGUGGGCCGAGAUCAGGUGCCUCAAAUGGGGCGCUCGAGUGGUGGUUCGGAAGGUUCCAGCGCCGCUUCCAGAGCCGUGCGAAGAGGGAACCGACGGCUCACACGCAACGAAAGUCGCUACCAUUCGGAAGUGCGACAAGAGGCCGUCCAACAAGCCCUGGCUCAGGCGCUGCAAAACAGGCAUAAACCCUCAAUGCCGAUGCCCUCAAAGAGGACUUCGGUGAUGGCAAGGAGUCCCGACCGAGAACGACACGAUUCAGAAUCUUCAUCAGAGGAAGACAGCCUAGCAAAUGACGAGGGGCCCACAGUGGAAAGUACCCCGGAACGAGAAAAGGCAUCGUCAGGAAUCAUGAGAGGAGGAAGCGGAGGCGAUCGAGGCCACCAUGGUUUUCCUCCGCCGCCUCCAAGCGACACAUCGAGCGCAGGAUCGCCGCCUCCCCUGCAGCGCAGACCCAGAGCGCCGCCGCCCCUAUGGAACGACCAACGAGGCCGAAAUCAGCAGGAGAUCACCGACAUCAGCGACGUUUUGCAGAACUUUCGACCAUAUUCUCAGCCGCCGGAUGUCACCAAUAACACCGCUCAAGGGGGCCGACGAACGGGUGCCGAUAGAGUCAACCGGUACACUUCUUCUGCAUCUGAAGAUGGCACGAUGGGAACGGGAACCGGAAGGUGGAAGGUGUCGGCGAAAAUUCAACAGCUACUCAACACGCUGAAGAGGCCUAAGAGGCGACCUUUGCCGGAAUUCUACGAAGAUGAUGACAUCGAGCUGGAGCUGGCCGCCAACCCCAAAGACCCCAACGCUCCAAAGCCCGAAGGCAGCUUCAUGUCGCCUGCUGUUGGGGAACAGUUAACCAUCCCCUCAGGCCUACCCAGGAGCAUAGGGGCAGCUAUUCUAAGAUAUGGAAAUGCCAGCUAUAAAGCCCCCGUGGCCACCGUGUUGGACCCUAAUGGAAAAUUGUCCACCACCUUAACGUAUGGAAAGCUGCUGAGCCGAUCGUACAAAAUAGCCUACGCUCUGCUGACCAAGUCGUUCAGUAAAAACGGCGACACCAGCUUGAAGUCGGGCGAUCGAGUCGCUCUCGUCUACCCCAACAACGAUCCCAUCAACUUCUUGUGCGCCUACUACGGCUGCAUCCAGGCCGGGAUCGUGCCAGUCCCUAUCGAGGUUCCAAUCACACGCAGGGAUGCUGGUUCCUUGCAGAUCGGCUUCCUGCUGGGCAGCUGUGCGGUUCAGGUGGCUUUAACAUCAGAAGCUUGCCUGAAAGGCCUUCCGAAAACGACAUCAGGCGAAAUCAUCCAGUUCAAAGGAUGGCCGAAGCUCACCUGGUUCGUUACCGAACACCUAGCGAAGACUCCUAAAGACUGGACACCACAGCCCAGAUUGAACGAUGUUACGGCCGCUUAUAUCGAGUACAGUACGGAUCGAGAUGGCUCAGUGAUGGGCGUGACCAUAACGAGGGAAGCGAUGGAUCAGCAUUGCCGGAUGCUGACGAUGGCCUGCAACUACACCGAGGGAGAGAAUAUGGUUUGCGUGCUCGACUUCAAACGCGAGGUCGGUUUAUGGCAUUCGGUGCUAACAAGCGUGCUCAACGGCAUGCACGUGAUCUACAUCCCCUACGCGCUGAUGAAGGCCAAUCCGGCCAGCUGGAUGCAGAUGAUCACGAAAUAUCGCGCCUCAGUCGCAAUAGUGAAGUCGCGCGACCUCCAUUGGGGCCUGCUGGCCACCAAGGACCACAAAGACAUCAACUUGGGCUCGUUGCGCAUGCUUCUGGUGGCGGAUGGCGCAAAUCCCUGGUCGCUCAGCAGCUGCGAUCAGUUCCUGUCGGUGUUCCAGCCGAAGGGGCUGCGCCCCGACGCCAUCUGCCCCUGCGCCAGUUCCAGCGAAUGCGUAACGGUUUCAGUGCGGCGGCCAGGAAGGGGCGGCGUGAACGCGACCGGCCGCGGGGUUCUCUCGAUGCAGGGCCUCAGCUUCGGGGUGGUCAGAGUGGAUCAGGAGAACAGCUUGACGUCGCUCACUCUGCAAGAUUGUGGACAAGUGAUGCCCGGCUGCGUGAUCGUGGUGGUUAAAAUGGAGGGACCCUCCUAUCUGUGCAAAACGGACGAAGUGGGGGAGAUUUGCGUGCACUCCGGCGCCACCGGGACGCAGUACUGGGGGCUGCCCGGCCUGAGCAACACCACUUUCAAGGUGCAACCGCUGGGUAGCGACGGCACGCCGAUAUCCGCCAGCGCCGAGUACACGCGGAGUGGUUUGUUGGGAUUUCUGGGUCCAGGUGGCUUGGUGUUUGUCUGCGGGUCGCGCGAUGGUCUCAUGACAGUCACUGGAAGGAAACACAAUGCGGAUGAUAUCAUUGCAACCGUUCUGGCUGUGGAACCCAUGAAGUUCAUCUAUCGGGGGCGAAUAGCCGUGUUCAGCAUACGGGUGCUGAGGGACGAGCGCAUUUGCGUGAUUGCCGAGCAAAGGCCCGACUGCAGUGAGGAAGAGUCAUUCCAAUGGAUGUCUCGGGUGCUGCAAGCGGUCGAUUCCAUCCACCAGGUGGGAAUCUACUGUUUGGCUCUGGUGCCUCCAAACUACCUGCCUAAAACACCGCUGGGUGGCAUCCAUCUUUCGGAGACGAAGAGGCGGUUUCUGGAGGGCGCUUUGCAUCCAGCCAACGUGCUGAUGUGCCCGCACACAUGCGUAACGAAUCUGCCCAAACCUCGCGAGGUCCAUUCAGCAAGCGACUGUGUUUCAGACGUGGGUCCCGCGAGUGUGAUCGUGGGCAAUUUGGUCCAGGGAAAUCGACUGGCCAGCGCCCAAGGCCGGGAAGUGGGCGGACUAGUCGAAGAAGAUGGCGAUUCUUCGAAAAAGCAACAAAUGAUUGCGGAAAUUCUGCGAUGGCGAGCACAAAGCACAUCGGAUCACGUGCUCUUCACGCUGUUGAACAGCAAAGGGGCGGUGGCGAAAGUGUUGUCCUGCUCGGAGUUGCACAAAAAGGCUGAAAGGAUCGGCAACUUGCUGGUGGAAAAGGGCCGCGUGAAUACCGGCGAUCCCGUCGCCCUCAUUUUCCCCCCCGGGUUGGAUUUGAUUUGCGCCUUUUAUGGGUGUCUAUAUGUGGGAGCGGUAAGUCGGCUUGAUUUUUUUCAAGAUUUAAAACAAGAAGAAAUGGUGCGAAAUUGGUUUAUGUGUGGGAAAAAUAAGACCAAUUUCCCCAACCACUCUUUGCACAACACAUGUUCCUCGAACCACCAACAUGCACAAUUUCAUCGUCUGUUGGCAGGUUUAAGCCCGAGAGCGGUUUCGACCUCAUUUGGCUGCCGAGUAAACGUGGCGAUUUGCCUGCAAGGCGCCUCCAGCCCCGAGCCAUCCACAGUGUAUGUCGAUCUUAGAGCGCUCCGCAACGAUAGAGUCAGUUUGGUGGAGCGAGGCAGCCCGCAUAGUCUCUGUCUGAUGGAAAGCGGCAAACUGCUGCCGGGCGUGAAAGUGAUUAUCGCCAAUCCGGAGACCAAAGGACAGUGCGGCGAUUCGCAUCUGGGCGAGAUUUGGGUGCAAAGCGGACACAAUGCGAGCGGCUAUUAUACGAUACUGGCCGAAGAAUCUGAGUACCGAGACCAUUUCAAUGCGCGGCUAGUCACUGGAAAUACUGGCGAAAUUUACGCCAGAACGGGUUAUUUGGGCUUUUUACGCCGAACUGAGGGCGUCGAAAGUUGUGCGGAAGAAGCCGUUCUGAACCAGAGCGACAACGAGUCGGUGGGCUCCUCGCACCAUUUGGUUCCGACCGAUUCGCCCGAACUGCACGAUGCAGUUUUCGUAGUGGGCUCCCUUGACGAAACCAUCAUGUUGAGGGGCAUGCGAUACCAUCCAAUCGACAUUGAAAACUCCGUCUUAAGGUGUCAUAAGAAAAUCGGCGAAUGUGCGGUUUUUACCUGGACGAAUCUGCUGGUGGUCGUAGUGGAACUGGAUGGAAACGAAAGCGAAGCACUGGAUCUGGUCCCACUCGUGACCAAUACGGUGCUCGAAGACCAUCAUUUGAUUGUUGGUGUGGUUGUUGUUGUUGAUCCGGGCGUGAUUCCGAUCAAUUCGCGCGGUGAAAAGCAAAGAAUGCACCUGCGGGACGGCUUCUUAGCCGAUCAGUUGGAUCCCAUCUACGUCGCGUACAACAUGUAACGUAAAGCCCAUGGUUUCUGCAUGAAACACAGCAAAAAACGACUAAAACUUAAGCAGAUGUCCGUGUAGUUUAGUGGCUUGAUUUGAGCGAGUAUUUUCAUGGUUUUCUAAACGACUCAAAAAAAUUAUGCACAAUCCCUAUUUUCAUAUAUUUUUUACAAAUGCAGCUCAGUUGAAUCAUUAGCUUCAAGCUAGUGCAAGCUGUAUUAAACACGGACUUCAGAUAGAAAAUAACAAGAGACUGCUGUUUGAAAAAACUGAGUAAAACUGCCCUUAACUAGCUAGAGAUGUAGCAUGAAACCUAGCUUUUUAACGAGUAUUUGAUACCAAAAUCAAGAAUCCGGAUCAAUUUCAUCACGAAUCAUGUUACUAGCACAAAUUAGUCGAAGGAGACACUUUUAGAUUUUGGAUAGUUCAUAAUUAGCAGCUAGAUACGUUUGUACGGGGUGUAUGUUUAUAUCUGCCAUAAUUAUCGUGAUUUUAGUGUUAUAAUCAGUGCUAUCUUUUGGAAAAACUAUUGUCUGGACAGCUAAGCAUUAUACACGAUCGAUUUCCCUUGCUUCAAGGCCCAAUUUUACAAUAACCUACCGAACCAACUAGCUACUAUUGCGUUUCCACCACAUGCUCUCCAUAUAUGUGUGUGUGUUUAGCAUUUCAUCAUAUGGCGCAAAAUUCGGCUCAACUCUAUCACCGUAGUUUAGUACCUACUUCCUUCGGUCUGGUCACAAGUACGCCUAUUUAACGCAUACGUCUAAUCUUUCUCACACAACUAAAGUGAUAACGCGUGUUGAUGUACCAUAUGUAUGGCCAACCAAAAUUUAGGCCCUUUGUAUAGUUUUAUGUAAUAUUUAGACGAAAGUGUACAGUUUAUUAAUUUUUAGAGUUGUCUUUGUCAUUCGUUGUGCAAUACCGACUAAAAUUGAUUUGCGGCAUUCUCCCACUUUUAAUGUAGGCGCUAGACUAAAAAGAUAGGGACCAAUUUCUACUGCAAUGAUUGGCUCCUAUUGAUAACUUGUCCUAGAAAAUAUUGGGUUUUUCAUCCACACUCCAUUAUGAAAAAAACUGCGUUUGCCAACAUUUGACUAAUAUACUAGUCGUAUAAUUUCCGUUCAUUGGCUGCUAUGAUUAGGUGGGAAAGCAUAAUCUUCCCCAUCGCACAUUCGUUAACGAGCAACUCGAUUAUUUCAAUGCUCAAUUAGCUUCGUUAGUAUCGUAGUCUUCUGCGUUUUCUGCAACUACUCACAUAUUUAUGUUCGCUUCAGUUUUGCACACAACUCCCUUCGAGUACGACAAUAGUUUACGUUUAAUUUUGUAUAUAUUAGUUAAAUCAAUGUAGCCAUUUAGAGAGUUCCAGAAAGAUGUAUUUGAUUAUGUUCUGUUAAAAACGACCGAGUAAAUUACCUUUGUGAACCCAUUGCAAAUAAUAAAUGUAUCUUUA